AUGCUAUCACAACACAACUUAGCUAUUUCAGUCGGCAUUCUAGGCAACUGUAUUUCCUUCAUGGUCUUCUUGGCCCCAGUGCCAACAUUUUAUCGAGUAUAUAAAAAUAAAAGUACUGAAGAAUUUCAUUCGUUGCCGUAUGUAAUAGCGCUCUUCAGCUGCAUGUUAUGGAUUUAUUAUGCUCUGGUGAAGACAAAUUGUGUCCUCCUAAUCACCAUUAACUCAUUUGGUUUGCUAAUCGAAACCAUAUACAUAUCUAUCUACCUUGCUUAUGCCCCUAUGGAAGCUAAGAAAUUCACUGCUCGGAUUCUUGUGCUUCUCAACUUUACUACUUUUGGGAUGAUUCUACUUUCGACUCUCCUCUUCGUUCAUGGGCAUAAGCGUCUGAUGGUUCUUGGCUUUAUCUGUGACUUCUUCUCUGUUAGUGUUUUUGUUGCUCCACUAAGCAUUAUCAGGAUGGUCAUCCGCACGAAAAGCGUGGAGUUGAUGCCUGUCAAUUUGUCCUUUUUCUUAACAAUCAGCGCUGCGGUUUGGUUAGGCUAUGGCACACUGACGAAGGAUAUAUAUGUUGCGUUGCCAAACGUUCUUGGACUAUUAUUUGGUAUUAUACAGAUGGUGCUCUACUGCAUCUACAAAGAUGACAGAUCCAACCCCGUUGAUCCUACACAUAACGAAAUGGUCGUGCCCGAGAUAGCGCUCGAAGUCUCUGAUGACGCCUCGGCCGGUCAUUGUUGCACAAGAGUUGUUAUACAAAGAGAGAUAUAG